AAGAGGAAAUUGUAGCAACCCAAGCCGACAGACAACAAGGGCAGGAAUAGGAAUUGUAGUAGCUGCUGAUGCAAUUUGCUGCCCAGUAUAUAUACAUGGAGAUGGACUUACGGCCGGCAUUCAUUCAAAGUUCAAACCAUUCCCCAUUCUUCCUGUUCUAACAAAGGCAGAGCAGCAAGGAUGCCGGCGCCCUACAGCGCGGCGGCGGCGCAGCAGCUGCAGCAGCACCGCCCGCUGGCUGCCGCCGUGACAGGCAGCAGGUGCGGGGAGCACGACGGGACGGUGCCGGCGGAGGUGGCGCAGCACCACUCGCACCCUCCGUCUUCGUCGGCGGGGCCGUGGCGGUGCUGCUCGGCGGUGGUGCAGCGGGUGCGGGCGCCGACGUCGGCGGUGUGGUCGGUGGUGCGUCGGUUCGGGGAGCCGCAGGCGUACAAGAGCUUCGUGCGCAGCUGCGCGGUGGUGGACGGCGACGGCGGCGUGGGCACGCUCCGCGAGGUGCGCGUCGUGUCGGGCCUCCCCGCGGCAUCCAGCAGGGAGCGGCUGGAGGUGCUGGACGACGACCGCCGCGUGCUCAGCUUCCGCGUCGUCGGCGGCGAACACCGCCUCCGCAACUACCGCUCCGUCACCACCGUCCACCCUUCUUCUUCUUCUUCGUCUCCGGCGGAGGAGGAGACGGUGGUUGUGGAGUCGUACGUGGUGGAGGUGCCGGCGGGGAACACGGCGGAGGACACGCGGACGUUCGUGGACACCAUCGUCAAGUGCAACCUCCUCUCCCUCGCCCGCACCGCCGAGAAGCUCUCCGCCGCUGGCCGGUGCCCGUGAAUCCGCCGGCGAUCCGGUCAAAGUCAAAGUCGACUUGUGCAGCCAUAGCAAGCAGGGGCGUUUUAGUCAAUUGAAUGGGUUGCUUGAUUCACACGCUUUGCCCAUUGGUCCGUGGUCGGUCGUAGGACUGGUGGUAGCCCUUCCAAUUAAUUUCUUGUUGAGAUUGACAGAGACAUUGUCUAUCUUUAUGCUGUACUCCCUGGUCCUGAAUAUUGUCCGUUGAACAAGAAGAUUAAAGUUUUAGGUCGGAUUGGAAACCA